AUGUCAACAUAUGAUCAGGUGGAAAUCGAAGACAUGACUUUCGAUCCUGAUACACAGCUUUUCACGUAUCCAUGUCCUUGCGGCGAUCGUUUCCAGAUAUACAUAGAUGACAUGUACGAUGGAGAAAACAUCGCUGUAUGUCCCAGUUGUUCACUGAUGAUCGAAGUUAUCUUUGAGAAAGAAGACUUGCAAGAAUACUACAAAGAAGCUGGCAGUCAGCCACCAGAACCGGUCGCUGUGGCCACUUAA